UCUUUAGCAGAGUUUCUGGAGAAAAGACGGAGCCUGAACACUUUCCGCAGUCAGAUGAUGGACCUGGAGCUGGCAAUCAUGCAACAACAGGCUGUCGUCUACAGACACCUGAGUCCUGCUGACAGAAUGGAGGCAGAGCAGCUUCAGUCUCUGAGYGCAGCAGUCAGAGAGGAGCUCCGAGUGCUGGAACAACAGCUGGAAUACCGACUGAUGGAUCUGACCCCUCACACAGAUCUUCGUCGAGUCAUCAGUGUUGACAGCAUGUCCACCACAUCAGCACUGAGAGCCAUGGAGCCGGUGUCAGACCUCCUCAGAGAGCAGUUCUUUCUUCAAACGGAGCUCAGCUAUGAUGGCCACGGCCCCCCAACCAACCCCCCCACCUGCUCCCCGAGUCCAGUCAGAGCAGAGGAAGAUGAAGGCCAGCUGAAACAGGAAGUGUAUCGAACAUCAAUCAACAUAACCCCCGUCACUCCUCCUCGACCUGGAACACACUUUAACGAGGAGGAGCAGGAGGAAGGACAGAGACACAGCACAGGACAGGAAGCUGCACCAGAGAAGGAAGGAGCAGCAGGAGACGUCAUCGUGCAAAACUUACAAAAGCUCAUUAGAGAGAUUCGAGACAGUGUGACACAAGAAGUCAGGCGAGAGAUCUACAACGAGCUACUGGGUGCUGCAUCACCUCAAGGUGCACACUUUUCAACCAGGCAGCACSCUCUGUAACGCACCAACUCCUUCACCUCCAGCCUUCAGAACCAGCCUGAACAAACCCACUAUCUUUAACACUGUAUGGCUACAUAACACUGUGGAACAUUGUAUGUCUGUAACACUGUUCUUUUAACACUGUUCUUGUGAUUUGUGACGUGACAAGCUCCGCCCCCCACACCAGUGAUCCAACCUCACCUUACCUCCAUGACCAAGUGUGAUUCUUUCUUCUUCUGUUGUCAAAGUCAUUUUAUUUUCCACCACUGCCAUAAAAACCACAAACACAAACCACAACUAGUAAUCCCAGUCCUGUUAUCAUAUUAGACCAAGUUAUUUAGAUCUCAACCCAAGAUCUCUCUGCUGCCCCCGAGACCUGACCCUGGAUAAGAGGAAGAAAAUGGACGGACGGUCUUUUUGACAGUAUUUAAACAAACAACAACUAUUAAACUUGUGAUGUUCUUAGGUUAAGAUCGAGUGUAUAAUUCUUUAUUUUCCCUCAGUUGAUUUGGUUUUGAGAUGUUUUUCUCUCAGAUGUCUGUCUCCAACUUAAUUUGAACUUAAUUCACUUUAUUUAUGAUGACAUUUGAACAGUUUCAUGUCGUCAUUCUGUAUAUUCAGACUCAUGUGAACUAUUUCCAAUAGAACAAUUGAUUCACUUGUUGAGAAAAAGGCAGGUUUUCAACUGUGUAUCACUGAAACUGUUUACUGGUCACUGAGUCUUAGGACGAUUGGUUUGAACAUUAAUGUUAAUAUUUUUAAACAGUGAAACAUAGGUUUAUUUUUCUGCAGCUACAUCUAUAUUUGCAGAACAAACUUGUCCUGCAGCAUGUUGAGGUGGCGGAUAUGUCAGUGUCUAAAAACCACAAACAUCUUCAAACUGAGGUGAAACUAAAUUAGUUCUUAUCCAUAAACGUAGCCUUUUAUGCAUCUAAACUGUAAUUUCCCUUCAUGGGAUCAUUAAAGUAUCAUUCAACAUUCAUUUAAAAUACUAAAAAAAAUUAAAAACCAAAUGUCUAAUGUUCGUGUUCAUCUCUAAUGGGGUCGUUUUUUAUUUUUCUUGCUUCGUUCCAUUGCACAUUUCACCUUAAUUCAGAAGAGUUUUAUUGUAGAGUUUUGUCGUUGUGAUACAUCAUCACAAUCAUCACAAGCUUCUGUUCUUUUCAUAUCCUGGCAUUCAUGAAAGAGUCCAACUAAUUUUGAAGGGCAUAUUUGCAAUAAAGCAAGUAAUUAUGUUGUAAAGUAUUAUGUUUUCUGUUAAAGGUUUUAAUGGAUUAACAAGACAGAAAAUAAUUGGCAAAUACAGUAUUUUAAAACCUGAUUUAGUACAUAUUUGGUUGGUUUGAUGGUAACGUUUAGUUUUAGCUGUUAGCUGCACUUUGAAGAUAAAUUUGUGCAAUAUACUGAUAAUUCAAUUUAUAGGUUCUCAGAUUCUCACUGCUAACAUUUCAGAUGUUAUGCACCUGAAAAGCAUGGACGAGGGUUUUAUUCAAAUGUCUUUUUGUUUUUGCAGAGACUCAGAAUAAUAACACAAACACUGAAUGUUAAUUUUGUGACCUUUUUUAGGUAUUAAAACUUGAGCAUAGUUUCUGGUUGAUGCCACACAGGUGUUGCAGUGAUCUUCAGUUAUUAAAGACUGAAAAUUGUAAAUGUUGAACUUGAUUGGGAUUAGCAAAGAGACUUGACAAUUGUAGUUGAGUUAAAAUUUUAAUUGUAUGCUGGGAGAUGAUCUGUGUGAGUGAAUGCUGGGAAACUUUAAAAUGAAGCUCAAAACAUAACUAAUCCAAAAUGGAGACAUGGGAAACAUUUAUCAUCUUGACUUGAUGUGUGUGCGUGAKAACAAAGAGUCUCAAACACACACAUCAUAAAUGCAUCUCCUGGAUGAACUCACUGGUUUUGUAGAACAAGAAUCCACUCUUCUAGUUCCACUUUACUCUUUGAAUGUCGGUGAUCAAUUGUUUAUGGAUUUCUAAUAAUGCUUAUUUUGUACUGAUGUCUGUUGUUGGGUGGGGGAUCACUCUGUAGAGAUAAGAAUAAUAAAGAUAUAUUUAUUUUCAGUCUA